AUGAUGAAAAUCCACAAGAAGUCGAAGAGUCCGCCAUCAUUGAAGCCCAAGCUUUCUCAAUUAUGGAAUACUCGAAAUGAUUUUAAUAUAAUAUCACAACGUCAAUCUUCGAACAAGAAAUAUCAAGUAUGCGAGGUUGAACUCAAACGGGAUAAUUCCAAAUACACUCUUCAAAUAAUUUCAACAACCGAGUUAUUAGAGCACAAAAACGUUGAAGAAAUCACAAAAGAGACUUCUAUACUCAUGUCCAUUCAUCACCCUAACAUACUUCAGCAAAUAGCCUCAUUUCAAGAAGACGAAAACUUAUAUAACUUAUUCGAAAAUAUAUCAAGCGAAAAUCUCGCCACAAUAGUCGGAAAAUACAAGUCAUUGUCUAUACUCAACGCUAGACUUAUUUUUGCACAAUUACUCAAAGCAACGGCAUUUUUACAUCAAAAAGCAUUUAUUCACUGUAAUAUUAAGCCAUCAAGUAUAUUAUUCGAUAAAGAAAACCGUGUGAAGCUCUCUCAGUUCAUUUUCUCACAAAGUAAAGAUUAUCCGAAUAUUCGUUCUUCAAAAACAUGUUUUUUUCAACAGAACAUGGAAUACUUAGCUCCAGAGAUCAUAGAUAAAAAGUCCGCUAACCAUAGUACCGAUCUUUGGGCUUUAGGCUGUAUAUUGUAUUUUAUGUUGUCAGGAGAGUCUCCUUUUCAUGUUUCCGGCAACCAACAAGAGAUUAAGCGCCACAUAACAUUAGUUAACUACACAAUACCUCAUUAUUUCCCACCAGAUGCUGCAGAUUUGAUUUCAAAACUUCUUAAGAAGAAACCAGAAGAAAGAUUAGGCCAUAAAGAUUAUUGGACGGACUACAAGACAAUACAAACCCAUCCUUUCUUCAAAGGCUUCAAUUGGAAUCAAUGUGAAUUUGCGACACAAAUAUCAUUCACUCCCUUUAUCCAAUUGAACAACAACAUGUUUGACAACGGACAAUUAACCCUGGCUAACAAAAUUGUCGAUAGAAAGUCUCUGGAGUUCAAAUUUAAAACAGAUUUAAAAAGUGCCAUAAAACAAUGCGAAUCGAUUUUCUGCCACGGGAAAUUUAGUAACAUACAAGAAUUUAACCAAUAUAUUGCUAGCCAUUAUCAUCCUGACGCUUGUCAAUAUUCAUGGUCAGUUCCAACCCUCGUUGUUCAAUGCAAGACGUGCAGAAUGAACAAACUAUCCGCGAUAUGCCUGAAUUGCUACUUGAAUUCCGACCACAGAGGACACAAUGUGAAUUUAUGCGUAUCCGUGAAAGGAAAUUGCGAUUGCGGGGACAACAGCAACUGGAAGAAAGAGGGCUGUUGCUCAAGACACAACCAUCAUGACCAAAAGUCCACUAAUUUCUUCACAAACCAAGAAAUGGAAAAUUUCGAAGUUUGUUUUUCAGCUGCUCUAUCAAAUGCCCACUUGUUAUCAAUAUACGUACCUCCUACAUUCAACAGUUUGGUCAAAUGGUUGAUCGGAUACGCCAAAUUAUGCGAAGGAACAAGAUCUGCCCUUGCGAACGCUUUUAUCAAGACAAUAGACAUAGAACAAUUAUUUAUGGACGCUGCCCUUGUUUUCUUUAAGUCUGCGGAAGGAUAUUACCUACUUUUUCAUUAUUUGGUCAAUGAUGACAAUUUUCGGAACAAAAUGACCGAAGUCGGUAUCAAAGUAUACUCCAACCUGAUCCUACAAUGCCUCAAACUAGCUUCUGUCCCAAGAAGUGACCCCGCAGUGCCUCCUUUCUUCCAAAUUAGACAUUUCGCGUAUUUCCUUGAGACAGCGUUCACAAAUCAGAACUUUAAGAACAUUAUCGACAAAGGAAUCGAUUGUUCCAAAACUUUUAUCGAUUCAUUUUCUUUAAUAAUUGAUUAUUCCUUGCAAUUCAAUGUAUCCAUCUUCAAGAAGGCCAGAUACGAAGAGAUAUUCAAGAACUACGCUUCCCUUAUCUCUGCAAUGAACGGAUAUGAAAAAUGCAGAAAUUCUAUAAACGAAAUCAUCAAAACAUUGAGUUUGCAAGCGAUCAAACUUGAAGGCGCGUUACCUACAUCACGCCAAUUCGGUGAAAAAGCUAACGAUCUUAGCGAUUUACACCAAGCUUUGUCUGAUAUUACUUAUUGUAUAUCAAUCCUUUGUUCUAAGAUCACGAAAGGUCAGGAUUACAACUACGAUGUCGUAUUUGAUACUCUUGGCCGAUGGAUCAAUCAAAAUCUUUUUGAAAAUGAUUUUGACAACAUUGAAGACGAAAAUAUGGCCUUGUUUAGGUCAAUUAUGCAACCAUCAGUUAAUAUAUCUGUUGGAUUGGCUAUCCAUAACUUCGCAGGAAUGAUUUUAAGGUCAAAUUUGCCAAAUGCAAAGAAUCUUUUAAGUUUGGCAUGCGAAACCGACCAAAUUGACUUAAGUUAUUUCUGUAUCAACGCUGCUCUGCUUCCUGUCCGUCUAUUCGCUGCAGAAAAGCAUAUUAUUAAGUAUUUCGUCCGAAAUUCCACUUCUUUCAUCAAAGCGAUCACUUCCAUUAAGAAUGAGAUUAAUGUAAAGCUGUUCUACGCUCCUCUUUUCGCGUUUGUUCAGAUUUUACUUUCAUUAUCUCAAGAUAAAGACAUGUUUAUCGGAAUGAUUGCGAGAAACUUCGGUAUAUUCGACGAAUUUACUGACGAGGAUGAUGAUGUAUCCAUCCAAUUUGCUUUUCUACACUUCAUUACGUGUUUAAUUUUCGAUAGGACAUGUAUUACGGACGAUAGGAAGCGAAUGAAGCUCCAAACGAUUCUGUUCAGUCUUGCAACCGGUCCCAUCCAGCUCGUACAGAUCUCCCAGACCCUUUGGUGCAAUGUUUUGUCAGAUAAUGAUUUUAUGACAGAACUUUUUAAGCACGUUAACAGAUCUACAGCAGAUGGCCGCACGAGGAUUCGAUUACAGAACGAAAGGGACUGGCAUCCGUUCGCUCCUUGGUUCCAAACAAAGAAUAUCUUGGAAGCAAUGGCUUAUUACACUUCACAUUACCCGGAAAGCAUAAUUCCAUUCCCAGAAUAUGAAGAUAAUCCUCAUCUCUACCUCCAGGAGUCAUUAUCUUCAAAUAUUCUCCUUGCUAUUGAAUUUAAUGUGAUUUCUAACGCUGCCUGGACGAAUUCCUACAACGCAUGUUUGCAUAUUGUUGUUAAUCUCUUGGUACAGUUCUCGAAAUUCUCAAAAGAAAGAGGAAUUUCGCCAAAAGAUUCAAAAAUGAUAAUUGCAAAGGACUUGGAAGAGCUAGUUACGGCCAUUCCCGACAAAUUCGAACAAUUCAUGCUCACGCCAAUAUCAUUCAAAGGUCGCGCGGCCACUACGGCGUUAGAUAUAAUCACAUCUUUCGGAAAAUGGACUUAUAAGAGCCUUGAAGAGAUGUCAAUUGGAUUUGUACCACCACACGACUCCAAAACGACGACAAACAAAAAAAUGGCCCUCAUGGCCAAGAAAAGAGCAUUGGACGAAUUACAAUGCCACCUUUCCAAUUUCGAUUUCUACGCGCAUGACGAGACAGAGCAUAAAGAGACAUGUUCGGUCUGCGCGUCGGAAUUGGGAUUACUUCAUUACCCAGUUUUGGCAUAUAAUUCUCCUAUGGCCGAUGUCAUUGAAAACUCGUUAAACGGUACUACCAAGGACUCCUACAACACUACGACCAUGUUUAAGAUGUGUACGCACCCUGUACAUCCGGUAUGUCUCAAUUGGAAGGAAGGAUUUCAAUGCCCGGUCUGUAGAGGACGAAGGAACGCAUUAAUCCCUAUCAUUAAUGAUUUUUCUGGACCUCUUUCUGACCAGCAAAUUGAAAGUAUCAACAAUUGUAUCCAAUUUAUCUUCGGAAAGGCCAACGCUGAGUACAUACUACAGUCAUUUUGUGCCCACUUGACAGUUUCGGAGAUCAGAUUUAGGCUAAAACCGGAUUUCAUCGACCAACCGAAUUUUCAUCUACUUACAAAAUACCUUUUCAUCUCUCUUUAUCAUUAUUUCAAGAUAAAUGAUAAAUUGCUGAAGGAAACUCCGUUCGCUACUAACGAUCCAUUGAUAAUUUUAGUCAUGCAAUUGCUAGUCAACGAAGAUCCGAAGACAGGGUACGUGAAAAGGGUUUCCUCGAUAGGUAGAAGAGUUUCCCCGGACCAAAGAUUGGAAUUCGCCAGAAGAAGUGCUCUAAUUGAACAUUUUUGUUUAAAUGAACGCUUCGAAGACCGAUGUGGCUUCACAGACUGGGAUGAUAUAUUAUCAGCAUCAUCUCUUUCAGUGAGAUACCAGCUCGAAAUCCCUGAUUUUUCAUUGCCUGCCUAUGUUUUGCUCAAAUUACCUCUAGAUUACGUUGAUUUGGCCAGACAACCUUAUUCCUUGGAGAUCAGAGACAUGUAUCAUGACACAGGAUUGUGUCUUCUCACAGGAAAAGUGGUCAAAUUCAGUCAGAAGACGGAAGGAGGAUUUCCAACGUAUAAAGAACACGUGAGGAAGGUUUUGGGCAACACGUUCAGUCCUAUUAUGUACAUAACAGGAAGGAAUUCAACCUCUGUAGUCAUUUAUUCCGGUGUUGUAAAAAAGAUAUUUGAUGUGACAACUGCUUACGUGGAUAACUACGGAGAAAGCGAUGUAGGGUUUAAGAGAGGCGCGUUUUUGAAGCUUUCGUCUGAAAAAAUGCUUCAUUUGGUUGAAUUGAUUUUAAGUGGAGAUUGGAUGGAUGCAAAUGCGGAUAAUUUCACUCCUGCAGUUACUAACUGA